AUGUCCCAAAACAACAACAGAAACAACGGCCUCGGCCACCCGCCCCAGUCCUGGGGUCGUCCGCACCGCGAGCGCGACCCUCGUGACGAGUACCUUCCUCGCCAUCGCCGCCAGGAGGAGGACAGCCCGCCCACGCACGUGAACCGCAACGGGGGCCAGUGCGCUUCUCACGAGGACCACCACCAGGAGCGCCACGAUUACAACUACCAGCGCCGCCAGCACGACCAGUAUGACCUUUCCCGCGAGCGCGAGGGUCGCGUUCAUCCGCCUGGCCAGACUCAUAGUUACAACGCUCCCCAGCAUGAGCCAACCACUUCCGUGUCUCCCUUCCUCGGCCACCUUGACACAGCUCCUCUUCUCUCGAAUCCAUUCCCUUCCCUCAGCGAGAUCUCUCCCCCCCGCGCCCCUCCCCCCCGCAGCCAGCAUGUCGCGCCCGAGCACCUUCUCUCUCGCGCUCCUGCAGACAGCCCCAGCUCCCAGUUUGAUGAUGACACCCGUCCCCACACCCCUCUCCGUAGUGAACUGUCUUAUCCUGGACCCUCUCCUCACCCGGGCCGGCAGUCGUAUGCGCACCGCCCCGUUCCCCCUGCCAGCCCUAUGUCUCCGGGUCUCCUUCCGCCUCAUCUUCGGCCCCAUGAAGGGGUCCCGCACGAGCGUCCUCGGUACACACCUUCUCCGCUCUCCCGCGAAGGCGGCCAGUACACUUCUGGCCAGUUCGACGAUGCCAACGACCUCUCCGCUGUCACGGGACGCAUGAGCCUCGCUUCCUCUCCAACCCUUCCUCCUCCGAGCCCAGUCCUCAAGAACGUGAGCGCGACUCAUACCGGCAUGACCGACCGCAACAAUCUCACCACUCGUACCGAGGCGAUUACUAGCUCGAAACAGACCACCGAGUCGUACCCCUCUUCAGGCCGCCCACAGCAGGGUUCUUCGAUCAUUACGGUCAGCACGCCAGGCACUGAGAGUAGAAGGAACUCCAAACCCGUCCACAUCACAGAGGAGCUCGAGGCUAUGCCCCUCACUAGCUUCUAUGUCCGUCCAGGAUACGGUAAGGAUGGUCGUGCCCUCACUGUUGAAUCCAACUACUUCGCCGUCCGCGCCAUCGGCGGCCGUGGCAAGAUAAUCCACCACUACGACGUCGCCAUCGAGCCUGUUGUGCGCACCUCCAGCCAGAAGUUUCCCCGCACCCUGCUCCGUUCAGUGUGGGAGCAGCUUGCGCUCCAGAGCGAGAACCGCCCCGAGUGGCAUAGCGCUUUCGCCGCUGCGGCGUUCGAUGGCCGCCGCAACGCGUACUCUCCCAUCCCGUUCCCGGUUGCCGACGGCGAGAAAAUCACACUCACGGUCUCCCUUGCGUCGACCCGCGAGGUUGCGCGUCAGCAGGUUACGUCGUCCGAUGACGAGUUCCGCCGCUUCCGCGUCACCUUCCGCAAGGCUGCAGAGAUCGAUCUCGAGGCAGUCAUGCGCUUCUGCCGUGCCGACUCGUCCGAGACGCGUGAUCACAAUGCGGAGGAGGCCUGUCUGACUGGAGUUAUGGCCACCAACAUCCUCCUCCGUGACGUGCCCAGCAAGACGUACACCCAGGUCGGCGCCACGGGCCAGAAGUUCUACACCCUUGAAGGUGCCCGUCCUCUUCCUCACGGUACAGUGGUGCUCAACGGCUUCAUGCAGUCGUUCCGCUACUCGAACUCGGGUUUCCCUCUGCUGAACAUCGACCUCGGGUUCUCUGCCUUCCUCAUGUCCGGGCCUUGUCUUGACGUCGUCGCCAAGAUCCUUGGGCCUGGCCCUGCCCGCCUGCGCGGCGGGCCCCGUGGUCAUCCCCAGCAAACCCCGGUUUUCCACAGCCUCGACCAGAUGCAAAUCGCCAUCCUCAAGCGUAAGCUCCGCGGUGCGCGCUUCACGGUCACCCACCGUCCCAGCCCGCGCCUCCACACAGUAAUCACGGUCACAUCUCUUCCUGCCCAAGAGAUCAAGUUCACCGUCGAGGGUAAGGAUGGCCAGCCCGAGCGCAAGCUCAAUGUUGCCCAGUACUACCAUGAGUACUACGCCAGUCGCCUCCAGUUCCCCGGCCUCCCCUGCAUCCAGGUAAUCCUCCUCUCAUCGAAUGUACUGACAUUCCAGUACGGCAAGCGCGCGUUCGUCCCUCUCGAAUUUGUCAAGAUCGAGGACUUCAAUUCGCUCCCGCCCACCAACCUCUCGCCUGACCAGAUCGCUGAGAUGAUCAAGCACAGCGCCAUGCGCCCACCCGAACGCAAGGCCACCAUCUUGAAGUGGCGCGAGCGCCUCGCCCACGAGACGCAGCCCAAGAUUGCCAAGUGGGGCCUCCAGGUUAACCGAAGCAUGGUCCAACUGGACGCUCGUGUGCUCAACCCUCCUGAGGUCAAGUACGGCGGCCACCGUACCAUGCGGCCCCAGGCUGGAUCGUGGAACCUGCGCAACCUCACCUUCUUCCGCGAAGGCCUCCGGCCCCUGACUAACUGGGCCGUCGUUUCCUUCGAGCGCUACACGGAUGAGGACACAAUGAAGCGCUGGGUCAUGUUCCUUGUCCAGCGCCUCCGCCAACUUGGCGUGAAAGUCGACAACCCCACGCCCAAGCUGAUUCCACCGCUCGACCCACGCCAGCCAGACGUGAUCACGAACCAGUUGAAGGUUGCUGCUCGUGCCGCCUACCGAGUCAACAACCAAGUCCCUCAGCUAAUCUGCUGCAUCCUCCCUGGAAAGGAGGCCUGGCUGUACGAGCAGAUCAAGCGCAUUGCGUUCACUGACCUCAAUGUCGCCACGCAGUGCAUGCAGGCGGCCAAGAUCAAGAACGACCGCGGCCUUCUGGCGUACACCGACAACCUCUGCAUGAAGAUUGUUCAAAAGCUUGGUGGACUCUCGCACCAGGUCAACAUCAAGGAUAUGCCUGGCAUGAUUCAUGGCAAGACGAUGAUCCUCGGCGCUGACCUGGGACAUCCCCCCUUCCGGCCUGACUCCAAGGAGCCCACGGUUGCGUGCUCGGUCGCCACCUACAACGCCGACUGUGACGCGUACUCGGCGCAGAUCCGUCUCCAGGAGGGCCGCAGCGAGAUCAUCGUCGACCUCUCGUCUAUGAUCGAAGAACACCUGCGCAUCUUCGCCAAGGAGAACAAGAGUGAGUUCCCAGAGCGUAUCCUCGUGUUCCGCGACGGUAUCUCGGAGGGCCAGUAUGCUGCCGCUCUCCACUACGAGCACAACGCCAUUGUCGAGGCCUGCGAACGAGUCCUCAAGCGCUACCGCCCACGCAUCCUGGUGUGCGUCUGUGCGCGUCGCCACAACACUCGCUUCUUCGCGAAGAACAUGCAAGACGCGGACCGCAGUGGCAACCUCCCUGCUGGUCUUGUUGUAGACAAGUCCGUCACGCACCCGUACGCUUUCGACUUCUUCCUCCAGGCCCACUCUGGCCUUGUCGGCACGGCCCGUCCCACCCACUAUAUUUGCCUCGUCGACGAGCUCGGCACGACCCCCGACCAGCUCCAGAAGCUCUGCAACGCGCUCUCGUACUCGUUCGCGCGCUGCACCAAGUCGGUUUCGCUCGUCCCCGUGUGCUACAUGGCGGACCUCGUCAUCAAGAAGGCGCGCCUCAUCGUCCAGAGCAACGAGGGCACCGUCUCGCCGUCCGAGUACUCGGGCAGCCGCGCGCCGUCGCUCUACAGAGGUCCCCAGUCGCGCUACGGCGGCGCUGCCCCGAGUGUCAUCGGCAGCGAGGCGACUACGCUCCGCCGCCAGCGCUUCGAGGAGCGGCACGACAUCAUGCACAUCCAGAAGAUCCUCGCAAAGAACGAGGAGCUCUCGCGCGUCGCAUGGUGGAUGUAG